AUGAACCGCUCAGGGGCGACCUUCCCGUUCACACCGUGCUACCGUUUACCGUUCAUCUCCAUUACCCUCAUUAACCCAUCGAUUCCACCGUUUACCAAUUCGAGCUCUGCCGAGCUACCGCCGGUCCGACCGUCAGCUCCUUUCCGUGUUUCCACUGCUAUUGUACCCGCAAUCCGGGCAGUGCUUCUUGCUAGACACCGGGUGUGCGACAACCAGCUCCGAGAACAGAUCGUGAUGGCGCUCCGGUCCGAAGGUAUUCACGUCCCCGACAGUAUCGUAGCUCCAUCGACAACAUGGACCAACCCCAACAUCGACAACGACCUGUGUGAAUCUCUAUCUGCGCUCGUUGCGUCCAAAUCGCUGCCAUUGGCGUCACUCGUGGCACUUUGGCGGCACGAGACUGCCGCCGAUCCGCGCCUGAACAAGGCUCUCGACCCAACCUGGCUGGGCAUUCUCCUCCGUGGUUAUCGUCUCCGGGAGCAAGUGGUGUCUGUCGAAACCCAUGGAGUGAAUCACGACUUCAAGGGUUAUGUGCACCGGAUUCUGCUCCACCUCGCAACCACAAUACUACCCACCAAUACCAAGAUGCCGGGAUCCGCAGUAUUGCCGAAGGCCAGGCGGACGGCACCUACCUCGUCGUGUCCGCAGCAGUCGCAUUGGGGUGGCACCAGCUACGCUUUAGCCCAUUCGGCUGCGCCCUCAAGAAAGACAUGGAUCCGUCCAAGGCGGCGCCUGAUUCAUGACCUUUCGUACCCUGGAGAGAGCUCGACCAAUGCCCGAUCUUCCCAAGCAGUCAUUCCCGAUCUCGAGUUUGAGAGCAUUAAACGCAUCGCUCUCAGGAUCGAGGAGCUCGCAGCAUCGUGCCAGGGUGAGACCAUCAUGAUUCUCAAAGGAGACGUCAAGAGUGCCUUUCGCCGUAUUGCUGUGGCUGCCAGUCUGUCGGCGCAUUUAUCGGGAUCGACUCCUGGUGGCCAAGCUGUCGUCGAUUUGGCCUUGCUGUUCGGCUGGACAGAAUCUCCCGCCUAUUACGGCAGCUUUGGAUCAGCCAUUGCGUUUCUAGUAGCUCGCGAAAGCCCAAGUACGCUUGACCCCAUGGAAACCCACAGUGAUCCAUUCUUCUCGUACGUUUGGGUCCAUGACCACUUGCUUGUAGAAAUCGACAGGGAAAACCGACUUCGGCUGGCGAAAGCUGCUCUUAGCCUCAGCAUGCUGGCUACGCUUGCGCUCGGACUGCAGUGGGAUACGGAGGCACGCAGCGUGUCAAUGCCCAGGGGAAAAUCUCCAAGACGCUUCGGCGGCUACGUCAAGUCGCUACAGCUGCUCGAGCCAUGCGGCAUCAGCUCGACAAAAGCUCGACAAAUUGCUCGGGCCGGUUCGUCACAUCGGUCUCUGCUGCCGAGCGACAAGAGCAUUUGUGCAGCGACUCCACUACGUGUGGCGAUCGGCACCCCAGUAUGGAAUGCUUCGUCUAACGUCUGA